AUGGCAACCUCAAGACUUCAAUCUGUUGUUUCGCAGUUCAUCCCGGGCGUCAAGCCUUUGGACAAGAUCCAACAGAAGAACCCCGACGAUGUUGUCAUCACCCUCGCCAUCCGUACCCCAUUGACCCGGGCUCGCAAGGGUGGCUUCAAGGACACACAGCUCGAUGGCAUCCUGUUCAAGCUUCUUGAGCAGGUCAACCAGCGCAGCAACCUGUCCCCAGCUCUUGUUGAGGACAUUUGCGUAGGAAACGUCAACGACCCCAAGGCCGCGUACUACGCCCGUGCUGCUGCUCUGGCCGCCGGUUACCCAGUCACCACCUCCGCCUCCACUGUCAACCGAUUCUGCUCCUCCGGUCUCAAGGCCGUCCAGGACAUCGCCAACGCCAUCACCCUUGGCUCCAUCGAGAUCGGUCUCGCCGUCGGCGCUGAGAGCAUGACCGACCAGGCUCCUCCGUUCCGCGCUUUCGCCGAUGAGAUCAUGGCUGCCAACCAGGACGCUGUCGACUGCUUGAUGCCCAUGGGUCAGACCUCGGAGAACGUCGGCAAGGACUUCAACAUCACCCGUGAUCUCCAGGACCGCUACGCCGCCGAGUCUUACCGCCGCGCCGAAGUCGCCCAGAAGGCCGGCUGGUUCGACGACGAGAUCGUGCCCAUCACCGUCACCCAGGAGGACGGCAAGCAGUACACCUUGACCAAGGACGAGGGUCCCCGAUGGGGCACCACCUUCGAGUCCCUCUCCAAGAUCCGCCCUGCCUUCCCCGACUUCGGUGACAAGUCCACCGGUGGUAACAGCAGUCAGGUCACCGACGGUGCCGCCGCCGUCCUCCUGAUGAAGCGCAGCAAGGCCCUCGAGCUCGGCCAGCCCAUCAUGGCCAAGUUCGUCGGCGCCACCGUCGCCGGUCUGCCCCCGCGCAUCAUGGGUAUCGGCCCAUCCGUCGCCGUGCCCAAGCUCCUCGCCCAGCACAACCUGUCCGUCGACGACAUCGACCUCUUCGAGCUGAACGAGGCCUUCGCCAGCAUGGCCGUCUACUGCCGCGACACCCUCAAGAUCGACUGGGAGAAGAUGAACGUCCGCGGUGGCGCCAUCGCCCUCGGCCACCCGCUCGGCGCCACCGGUGCCCGCCAGAUCGUCACCGGUCUGUCCGAGGCCCGUCGCCGCAAGGCCAAGGUCCUGGUCACCACCAUGUGCAUCGGCACCGGCCAGGGUAUGGCUGGUCUGUUCGUCAACGAGCAGCUGUAG